CCCUUUAUGCCAGUUAGUUAGAUUUGUCAUAUUUGCCUGUCUCAACUCAUAACCAGAAAGGUGUGGUUUUAGGCACCUGAAUGACAGCUGACGUUCUCUACUCAAAGUGCCCGGUCCUGCACUGCUCACCACGUCCCGAUAUAUCUCCAGCCACGGCGAUAAUGUUCAUACGACAGAAAGGUCCCGGCGUUCCCGAUACAGUUACCAUUGGCAAAUCAAAAACAGACAUCAAGACCUGCCCGCAUCUAGCCCACUGGACCGGCCUCCGACCCGCCAUUUCUCUAUUCCAAGUCACGUGCCACGGUCGAUGCCAUCUACAUCCUUCUCCCUACAAACCGACAGAGGGCUCCUAGCGGAUAUCCAGAUUUGGAGCGAUGCAGCAACGGAGCAACCGAAUGUAGACCCACAUCUAGACUUUGUCUGUGUGGCUUACCACGAGCGGAUCCCGCUUUUCUUGGUGUCCAAUGGUCCUUUCGACGUCUACUCCGAGCACGUCGAGACAGAGAACUACUUCUACGAAUCGCUCGUGUGUCUGAGUGAGGCGGUGGGCAUUCUAGCCAAAUCUCUGCUGGAGGGCACCGACACAUACUUUGUUUUCUAUCUAGACCAGAAAGCACUGCCGCGGGUACGAUGUUACUACAUUGACUUCUCAGUCCGCCAACAAGUAGCCGAGUUCCGGGAAAAAGCGAGCAAAAUCGGCGACCAAGACGUGUUUUUUAUUUCAAAAACACUCGGGAGUGCCGGCCGAUCAGACACCAGUGUUUUUGACCGCGUUUUGGGCACCAAAGCCUCGAAGAUUCCGGGCCCGGUAUCGGCCCCGCAGCCUCCGGUGGCAGGUACCCUGGCACUCACCACCAGCCAGCAAAUCUCGCAGGCAGUGAGCCGGGUUGUGCUCUCCGGGCUCCGGCUCCGGGGCCUUUCGACAAACCCGCAAUCGUCGGCAAACGACAAGCUCGCCAUCAGGGAGAUCUACCAUAUGACCAACAAAGCGGCCAACUUUGCGCUACGAAAGUACAGCUACGAGUUCAACGAACGGGCCAGACAGGCCCCCCCCGCGGAUCACGUUGGCGGACAUCCAGGCCAUAGUGGAGGCGUUGCUCGGGACCUUUGUCGACGUGGAG